AGUAGGGUUUAAGCUUUGACAUUCUGUUUCCAGCAUCAACCGAAAACAGAGAAGAAGGAAACUAAUUUCAACUUCAGGUGUGUCAGUCAGGUUUCAUUUCGUUAAAGUGGAAAUUUCAAUGAAUACUUUUCAACGCAUAGUAAGAAACUCUCAACUCCAUAGAUUCUCUCCUGUUGCCAUUGUCAAGCCAAGUUUCAGAGAAUUCUCCUCCAACCGAAAUGACAAGUACAAGGACGACUGGAACAACGCCUGGGAGACUGCUUGGAUCCCCGAGGAAGUUUCGGAAAAAUCCCCUCGAGCUCCAUGGGAGGCCGACGUUAAUUUCUCAGCCCCAUUGGAUUCCCCCAUUGCUCUCCCAUCGGACGUCGAUUCCGAGACGAAGGCGUUUGUGGAAGACAUGAACGAUAAUUGGAGCCAGAGACGUAAAUCGUCAAGUAAGACCCAGAAACAACCAGAAAAACUGAAUCCAGAGAGCGAAAGUGGAAGUGGGUCGCUAUAUAGCUUAGAGAAUAUGAAGAGAGAUUACAGAUUGAAGAAACAGAGAAUUCAUGCGGGGUUAUGGAUGAAGGAGAUUGAGAAGCAGGAAGAGGAGAAAUUGGGUGAUUCCAUCGUUGGUGGUGGCGGUGAUGAUAUCGAGAGGUUACUUGAUAGUUGUUCAGACAUUUUCGAUUCUGUGAACCAGGAAUUGGAAAACUCAAAAAUGUCAAGCUCUGGUGAGUUUAAAGCCAAGCCUGAUGGUUGGGAAACGACAUCAAAAACUGAAGAUGGGAAUAUAUGGGAGAUGACACAGAGGGAGGAGGAUAUUCUUCUCCAAGAGUUCGAGCGUCGAAUUGCUUACAGCAAAUUCCAGAUAGCUAGUUUUAUAAAGACUCACAUAUUUAGUCGGAGGAGACCCAUUGAUGGGUGGAAAUACAUGAUAGAGGAGUUAGGACCUAAUGCCAGAAAAGGGAAGGGCAGUGUUUCAAGGUUACCAACUUUAUCUGAUGCCUCAACGCAGCCAUUUAAGCCGGAGAGGACCGCAAUGGGAACUAAUACCCUCACGCCCUUUACGAAAACCUAAGCAACUUACUUCCUUCACUUGUUUAAUGAAUAUUCACUUCGCAUUCUGGGGCUUUGGCUCUGGCUACUAUCUAUGUAUGUACAACAAAAACCAUAUCUUCUAUAUAUAUAAUAUUUGAUGUCUUCUCCUUCACACAAAA